ACUUGAUACAUUACGUAUACAACAGAUAUUGGAAUAAAAGUACAGCGGUCUCCACACUGUAGGGUGUCGAGAGCGGGUAUUUUGUUUUAAUGAAAAUAUGGAGCUACGCAGUGGUCUUUUGUUUUUAACAGGUUUCGUGCUAGUUUAUGGGUCGACGGUUAAGCCAAAUGCGAGUAACAACGUCACCGCAGCCGUGACAGUGACACUAACAACCCCGCUGACUUCCGCCAGUCAACUUGCUACGAUAAAUGGCCAACUUGUAAGACUUAUAGACAAUUGCACCGUUGGAAUCACAUCUUCCUGUCCAUAUGCAUAUUGCUGCACAAAAAAGUACAUGACAUACAGUUCUGACUACGUUGGUGAUAGGCCAGUUUACCAGUUAGAAUGCAAACCAUUGAGAAGGACGGGAGAAUUCUGCUAUUUCAACACCCCGGAACAAUACUGCCCAUGUGCAACUCGAUGUCACACAAACGGCUUCUACGGCAGUUGUCUUUGAAAAUCUGUCCCAUCGUU